AUGGUCAAGCUGGACGAAGCUGACCUUCGCCCCCGUCUACACGCAAAAAUUGACAAAGUGUGUGUGGUUGCCGAGCUUACAGGAACAUACCAUGCCAAGCCUUGCCAUCCCUACAUAAUGAGGCGGACAGGUGUUAUGAUGUAUAGUGCCAACGAAGUGAUAGCUGAGAAAUCUUCAUUCAAGUACAAGCGAAUUCGGCAUGGUCGGUCGAGGGAGUGCCAUGUUAUGGCACCUAAAGUCUCCUUCCUUUGCCAACUCGCCUUUGGUUCGGUGGAAAAAGGACUUGAGGAAGUGCUCAGUCUAAGGAAUACGGCUGUGAGGGGGGCUAAUUGCUUUGGAUUUGCCCUUCGGCAGCCUCGUAUUGGCUUUUCAUCCGGUGGAGAAGACGGCAGAGCAAUUGGGAUGUGUUCUAAUGUCAAAGCUUUAGUACCUUAA